AUGAAUUUAUUCGAAUUUAAAAAUAAAACAAUUUCCGGUCACGAGGAUUUGUUAAGUGACAAAAGAGUAACGAGAUAUUUAAAAUCACCCACGAAUCACGACUACGAUAAAAAUAUUAUUAAUAAUAAUAAUAAUAAUAAUAAUAAUAAUAAUACGUUAACGAUAGCAAUUAUUUUACCACAUACGAAUUUCGGAGUGCGAGAAUAUAAAAGAGUUACAAAUUCAGCAAUUAAUAAUCUUCAUCGGGGUAGAGGUCAAAGGUUUCAAUUUUUAAAAAAAUAUAAAUUCGGAUCUGAACAAGUUAAAAGUACAAUGAUGACGUUAACUCCGAGUCCUACAGCCAUAUUAAAUUCGUUGUGUCAAGAAUUUUUAACCGUUAACGUGUCCGCCAUUUUGUAUUUAAUGAAUUAUGAAAAAUAUGGAAGGAGCACAGCAUCAGCACAAUAUUUUUUACAAUUAGCCGGUUAUUUAGGUAUUCCUGUAAUUGCAUGGAAUGCUGAUAAUUCGGGUUUAGAAAGAAGAGCUUCACAAUCGAAUCUUCAAUUACAAUUGGCACCAUCAUUAGAACAUCAAACGGCGGCCAUGUUGAGUAUUUUGGAAAGAUAUAAAUGGCAUCAAUUUUCCAUAGUCACAAGUCAAAUAGCCGGACAUGAUGAUUUUGUACAAGCUGUAAGAGAAAGCGUUACAAAUAUGCAAGAUCGUUUUAAAUUUACAAUAUUGAAUUCCGUUUUGGUAACCAAACCUCAAGAUCUUCAAGAAUUAGUAAAUAGCGAAUCAAGGGUCAUGCUUUUAUAUUCAACAAGAGAAGAAGCAACUCAUAUAUUAUCACAAGCUAAAGAUUAUAAAAUAACAGGUGAAAAUUAUGUUUGGGUAGUUACACAAUCGGUCAUUGGUGACGUACAAGCUCCAGGAGAAUUUCCUGUGGGAAUGUUAGGUGUUCAUUUUGAUACAUCAAGUCAGAGUUUGGUGAAUGAAAUUACGACAGCCAUAAAAGUUUAUGCUUAUGGAGUUGAAGAUUUUGUUAAUGAUCCAAGAAAUAUUGAUAAGUCACUCAAUACACAAUUAUCUUGUGGAAAACAAAUUGGUGAUGGCAGAUGGAAAAUCGGUGAUAGAUUUUUCAGGUACCUGCGAAACGUUAGCGUGGAAGGAGAACAUGGUAAACCAAAUAUUGAAUUUACAGCAGACGGUUUGUUAAAAUCAGCAGAACUUAAAAUAAUGAACUUGAGACCUGGUACAAGUAAACAAUUAGUUUGGGAAGAGAUUGGAGUGUGGAAAUCAUGGCAAAAACAAGGAUUAGAUAUAAAAGAUAUUGUAUGGCCUGGUAACAGUCAUACACCUCCUCAAGGCGUACCAGAAAAAUUUCACAUGAAAAUUACUUUUUUAGAAGAACCUCCUUAUAUAAAUUUAGCUCCACCUGAUCCCGUGACAGGAAAAUGUUCCAUGAAUCGUGGAGUCCUUUGCAGAAUUGCUAAAGAUGUUGAAUUAUUAGAAGAAGUUUCAGAUUCUCCUAGAAAUGGAAGUUUUUAUCAGUGUUGUAGCGGUUUUUGUAUUGAUCUUCUUGAAAAAUUUGCUGAAGAAUUGGGAUUUACAUAUGAGCUUGUGAGAGUGGAAGAUGGAAAAUGGGGGACUUUGGAGAAUGGAAAAUGGAAUGGUUUAAUAGCAGAUUUAGUUAAUAGAAAAACGGAUAUGGUUAUGACAUCUUUAAUGAUUAAUUCUGAAAGAGAAGCCGUCGUGGAUUUUACCCCCGUUUUAUGA